UGGGCCCAUAAUUCUUGCCCCCUUUUCCAAACUUCCUAUACUGCUGUUAUUGUUCCAGCCUCGACGGACGAACAAAGCUUGAAAAUUGAGAAACCCUAAAUUAACCAAUUCGGAUACGGAAUACAUCUCCCGAGGGGCCAGAUUCGAGCUCUGAUACGAUUAUUGCGAAUUAUUUUAAUCUCAGUUAUAAAAGGGUUAAUGUGCGACGAGUAGAUGCAUGUCGGUGGAAUUCCGGUGGAUCUGAAUUGGUUCCUUCGAUUUAUAUUUAGCAUCUUUUUCAUUGCUGGGGGAUUGCUGUACCUGGUCAAGAACACGGCGUCGAAGUACUUCGAGGUCGACGCCAGUUUCGAAGGCGCCGGUGGUGGUACUGGCGGUGCCACUGCUGAUCGGAAUCGGCCAGUGCCGUCGAUUACAAUGGAGUCGCCGGAGGAGCUUUCUACCUGCGAUAAUUGUGGCAAGUCUGGCAAGAAGAAGUGCACCCGUUGCAAAUCUGUUCGAUACUGUUCGAAGGAGUGUCAAACAUCACAUUGGAAUUCUGCUCAUAAAUUUAAAUGCAAAGAACCAAGCAAAGCGAAUUCAGCUCUUAUACGAAAACCCAAUAGUGGUAAACACUUUUCUGGCAUUGCGUUGGUUCUUGAUACUCAAAAGCGCUUCAAGAAACCUGGGAAGGUACUUUUCCCGUAUGAGGAAUUUGUUAAAUUAUACAAUUGGGACAAAACGUUUCUGCCCUCUGGACUCUUAAAUUGUGGAAACAGUUGCUUUGCCAAUGUGGUUCUGCAAUGUCUGACAUACACAAGGCCAUUGGUUGCAUACCUGUUGGAGAAAGGCCAUCACCGAGAGUGCAGACGUGAUGACUGGUGCUUUUUGUGCGUGUUUGAAUCCCAUGUUGAAAGAGCCACCCAAAGUCCACAUCCCUUUUCCCCAAUUAACAUACUCUCCCGCUUGCCUAACAUUGGUGGUAAUCUUGGCUAUGGGAGACAAGAGGAUGCCCAUGAGUUCAUGAGGUUUGCCAUUGAUACAAUGCAAUCAGUGUGCCUUGAUGAAUUCGGUGGAGAAAAGGCAGUUGAACCGGCUGCUCAAGAAACGACUCUUAUUCAACAUAUAUUUGGCGGGCACCUGCAGUCUCAGGUGAUGUGUACCAAAUGCAGUAAUAUCUCAAACCAGUUUGAAAACAUGAUGGAUUUAACUGUUGAAAUCCAUGGAGAUGCCACUUCUUUGGAGGAAUGCCUUGAUCAAUUCACAGCGAAGGAAUGGCUUCAGGAUGACAACAUGUACAAAUGUGACAGUUGCAACGACUAUGUCAAGGCAUGGAAGCGUCUUACUAUUCGACAAGCUCCAAAUAUUCUUACAAUCGCUUUGAAAAGAUUUCAGAGUGGAAGAUUCGGAAAACUUAAUAAGAGAAUAAAUUUUCCCGAGACGUUAGAUCUUAGCCCGUACGUGAGUGAAGGAGAUGGCAGCGAUGUGUACAAGCUUUAUGCUGUCGUUGUACACAUAGAUAUGCUAAAUGCAUCAUUUUUUGGACAUUACAUUUGCUAUAUCAAGAAUUUACAGGGAGACUGGUUCAGAUUUGAUGACUGCAAGGUUACACAUGUGGAGUUGGCCGAGGUACUAUCCCAAGGAGCUUACAUGCUUUUAUAUAGCAGAGUUUUUGCUCGACCAUCGUGUCUUAGAACUAGCACACCUUCAAAGAAGGACCGGGCGCAAGAUACUGGGAAACAAGUGAACUCUCUUAUGAUCGAAAAUGGUGAGAGUUGUGCACCGGUAGAGCUGAUGGUGAAUGAGCCAACCACUUCUGUAUCACCUCAAUCCGAGAGAAGUUUCGAAGUUGUGAAUGGGGUUAAGGAGGAAGAUGCUCCAAUUUUCCAUUCAAGCUCCCCACUUCCAGUAGUUAGGCUUCCCCACGAACCGAGUUCAUCUUCUUCAGAUGACCUGGAAACAGCUGGAACUAUUGCCAUUGAAGAUGGUGACCUGGAAACAGCUGGAAAACAAGUGAACUCUCGUAUGAUCGAAAAUGGUGAGAGUUGUGCACCAGUAGAGCUGAUGGUGAAUGAGCCAACCACUUCUGUUUCCCCUCAAUCCGAGAGAAGUUUCGAAGUUGCGAAUGGGGUUAUGGAGGAAGAUGCUCCAAUUUUCCAUUCAAGCUCCCCACUUCCAGAAGUUAGGCUUCCCCACGAACCGAGUUCUUCUUCAGAUGACCUGGAAACAGCUGGAACUAUUGCCACUAAAGAUGGUGACCCGGAAACAGCUGGAACUACUACCAUUAAAGAUGCACCAUCGUCUGCCUUCGAUAAUAUCCCUGCAACAGCAGCAGAAGAAGAUGCAACGGACUCUGAUUCAUCUGUUUCCGUGGAAGGUUAUGGAAAUCCUUCGAUGACUACAACUGCCAUAGAAGAACGAGAAGGUUCGAGAUAUGGAAUGGAGGUCAAUGUUGACGACGACGACGACAUCCAGCUUAAUGGCGAAUUGCAUCCACUCUCGGAAAAACAUCAUUGUCGGGAACACGAGCUCCACGAUUCAGAUGACGACGACAGAACUGGAACGACAAGAUCAGCAGCAGCAGCGGGGGUAACAGAGUGUUGCUGACAGUAUCAACGGCGCGCACAUCCCUCUCUCACUAAUUUUGAUUGUUGUUCAUAUGAUUGUUGUGACAUUUCCCGUGUCUUAACGAGAGAUAGCAGCAGCGACAAAGGCAGGAAACCCGGUAGAGAUGGGGGGAUUAGAUUGUUGGUGUCUGGGAUUUCACUAUUUGCAGAGAAUCUCAGAUUCUAUAUUUAGGGGGAGGGGAGGUGUUAUUGUUGACUGUUACAACAUAAGAGGGCUGAUGUGACGAUGUUAGUAGUAGGAACUGAAAAUUCUUUUGAGAAGCUGCUUCUAAUGUUUGAAUUUCUCUGGCUUUGUUACUUCCACCGGAUUACAAUACUUUCUUUGGCAG